AUGCAAAAACUGGUAUAUAAAACUCGCUUUUUUUACAAUGAAAUUGGUGAUGAAGGUGCAUCAGGCUUAGGUUCUGCUUUAGCAAAUUGCAUUAAUGUCUCAAAUUUGACACUUGAUCUUCGAAAAAAUUAAAUUUUUGAUGAAGGUGCAUCAGGCUUAGGUUUUGCUUUAGCAAAUUGCAUUAAUCUCUCAAAUUUGACACUUUACCUUCGUGAAAAUAAAAUUGGUGCAAUGGGUGCAUCAGGCUUAGGUUCUGCUUUAGCAAAUUGCAUUAAUCUCUCAAAUUUGACACUUGAACUUUCUUCGAAUAAAAUUGGUGAUGAAGGUGCAUCAGGCUUAGGUUCUGCUUUAGCAAAUUGCAUUAAUCUCUCAAAUUUGACACUUGAUCUUCGUGUAAAUUAAAUUCGUUCAAUGGGUGCAUCAGGCUUAGGUUCUGCUUUAGCAAAUUGCAUUAAUCUCUCAAAUUUGACACUUGAUCUUCGUGAAAAUUAAAUUGGUGAUGAAGGUGCAUCAGGCGUAGGUUCUGCUUUAGCAAAAUGCAUUAAUCUCUCAAAUUUGAGACUUUACCUUGAGUAAAAACAAUUUAUUUGUUUUGGAUUGUGA